AUGGCUGAUCACACGGACUCUCCCGUCGCGGACCUCAUCGUCUUAAGCUACGACCAGGAUGCGCCUGGCCUGUGUCGAGCGGGCUUCUUCUGCCUCGACCUCAGGACAGUUGACGAGCUCUUGGUAGUGGCGCGGGAAUAUUUCGCAAAGCCUCUCAAGGAGAAUUCCAAGGAUAUGUAUAAGAUUAACGAUGCUUUCAAGGUCUGCGGACCAUGGCAACGUCGAAAAUUGGAACGCUGGCACAUCAAUACCUGCUACUCUGUACUCUUCUUCCUGCGACCCAAUAACAACGCCAGCUUUACGGACUCGGAGGGCGUGUCCUGGAGGGCCGUCGACUGGCUAAGCAACUGGUUUGACAACCCAUCGCCGCAGCCACAGAGAGCAGCAGGAGUCAGCUAUGUCGACAGGUAA